AAGACCUUUGCUAGCAGACGUCUUCACGUUCGGGGUUCAGAGCGCCUCCUUGAAGUCACUGCCCGUUGAGCCACUCAACAGAUAUGGAGUAGUGACGACGACUCCCCGAGGACUUUGCCAUUCGUAGUGUGUUCAGGUUUCGAUCGCGUCGUUAAUAACGCAACGUAUCAACGUUCUCAAUGUCAGCUCCACGUUGCGACUUCGAUUGUGUCACGUGCCGCAAGCUCACGCAGGAUGCGGCUGGCAUUCAGUUAAGAGAACCCCGGGUAAGGGAGCAUCGGGUGCAAUGUCGUCUCAGCAGCAGCAGUUCCGAGGAGGACCUCAUUCGCAUGGUGGAAGAGUACUGCUCUAAGGACGUUUCGCGAAGACCCGAUUUUCAUGCACUUCGGCUACUCAUCAGGAAGCUUAACAGGGACCAAGACAGUGAUGGAGUCCUCGAGAACCUGUUGGACCACAUGGAGCAGUAUGCAAACAGUCUCGAGUCCCUCGUUGAAGAGAGGACGGCUGAUUACUUGGAGCAGAAGAUGAAGGCGGAAGAUCUUCUCUACCAACUUCUUCCCAAACCGGUGGCCAGCCAGCUCAUACGAGGAGAAUCCGUCACAGCAGAGUCCUUCGAGAGCGUCACCAUUUACAUCAGCGACAUCGUCGGCUUCACGUCCAUAUCAGCUAAAAGUACGCCUAUGCAGGUAGUGGCACUAUUGAACGACUUGUACUCCUGCUUCGACUCAACCAUCGAGGGAUUCGACGUUUACAAGGUGGAGACCAUUGGAGAUGCGUACAUGGUAGUGUCUGGAUUGCCCGUACCCAACGGAAACGCUCAUGCGCCAGAAAUCGCCCGAAUGGCACUGGCUCUGCUCAUCAAUGUCGGUUCUUUUCGCAUUCGACACAUGCCUCACGACCAACUUAAACUGCGCGUCGGAAUUCACACGGGACCGUGCGUGGCCGGUGUGGUAGGACACAAGAUGCCUCGAUAUUGCCUCUUCGGGGACACGGUAAACACCACAUCUCGAAUGGAGUCUACCGGUGUUGAGUCAAAGAUUCACGUCAGCUCGGAGACUAAGGCGGUACUAGAUCUAUUCAAGACGUUCAAGUUGGAAUUGCGAGGACAAGUGGAAUUAAAGGGUAAAGGCCCAGUGACCACGUACUUCCUAAUUGGCGAAGAACCACGACCUGUCGCAAUCGAUAACGUACAGAACAGCCCAGCUGUGAGGCCUUCAACUGAAAAGCGACGUACGCUACGGACAUAGAUCUCAUAUCAAUAACAUUGAAGUAGGACAAUAGAAAUGCGACACGGACAGGUGCACAUACCAAGUGGUGACUCUCGGAGAGUUUAAUCGCAACCGAGCAAGCAUUAUUCGCGGAAGCGGACAAACGGGCAAAUGUGUUGAUCAGACGACGUCAAGAUUGGAACGAAGGUUGGAGACUACGCUGUUUGCGUAAGGUAUUGUAUUCAUAACGUCCAGCUUCAAGGAACCAAGACCAGGACAAAAGUAUGUUUUUGCUAAGUGGCAGGGAAAUAUAUGAACAACUUUCUUCUUUUAAAUGAGAACUACCGUGGAAAAAUUUCAAAAGAAUACGAAGCAAUACUGCGGGAUUUAUCCGUCGCGUCAGUCGUUAUCAACCCGCAAAUAGAGUGUCCAAUCAUCGUUGGACCUCGUUUUCGGAGACCAAUGGGAUGCCGCCCUGAAACUGUGGCUCCUUUUGGGAAGGAAAGCAGAGGGAAAUCGUACGUUGCGGCUUCGUUUCCGUUUAAUAAAUGCCGUUUCCUUUGCUUCGUUGUCAAGGCAACGGCGUCUUUCGUUGCGCGAGCACAAAUUUUUACACUUUAGUGUCCUUUUAAGUGAUGACAAGUGGUCGUGUGUCGUCUGACUAACAUUUCGUUUUCGGAGCCGUUUAGGAACAGGUUACUUAAUGAAGAUGUGUGAAUUUUUUAUCGGACUUGUUAAACAUCAGUGCUUGACGUGCCUAGUUGUCUGUCUUGUGUUUCUGUUGCGCUGCUCACAACAAAACUGGUGUGCCAACAUGCCAAGAAGGAAGUACCGGUGAGCUUUGUAUGAGCUCAUCUAAGAAUACAUUUUGUGCCAAACGCCGGAGAUACUGCUAUGAACUCCGCCAGCUGCUCCGUGAUAUAGUAUGCCCUGAUGAAGCUGGCUCUGAGUGAAGUGCGUGUGUGUGUGUGAGUUGUGUGAAGGUGGCGCCGGCGUGAAUUCAUUGUUGCACUACUUGGACAAAGACGUUCUGUGACGCACUAUGAAUGUUUUGUUGUUGUCAAAGUGUAUCACUGUGCUGGGAAAACUAGGUAACUAGCCAAAGCAGACAUGGUUUUCGAUUAGCGAGUGCGGGCCAAACUUACUGUGUUUUUUCGAAUGUUUCCUUGGAGCCACGCUCAUUGCACGCAUUAAGUUGCACUUUACUCCUCUCCUGCUCUUCCAUUUUCCUCCUUUCUCUCAAUGUGCCGCGAGCAAUGAAGCCUCUGACAUGCAUCGGUAAGGGAGAACCGCGUUCGGUAAUUGUGUUCACCGAAGAAGGAAGUUCUGGAAAACAGAUUGAUCGGACUGCCGACUGUAACCAAUCUAUACUGUUGCCAGGAUACUCGCAAUAUACGAGGGGUAUCUCGAAACUAAUUUCCGAUUGACUAUUAAAAGAACACACCAAAGGUUA